CAAAAGGAGUAAAAUCCAUUAUCCAUUACCACUUCAUUAUCUUUCACUAGCCCAUUAGACACAGGAACUAAUAAGUGUGUUAUUCAAUUACAUAGAUAUCAGACAGGAUGGAUUAAAUAAGCAUACUGCUGGGCUACUUCUGUGUCAGUUCUUGUAUGAAAUAUGCAGGAUUUAGUAGCACAACCCAAGCUAUUUUUAAGUGCAUGCCAAAAGAUACAAAUGUUCUGUAUUAAGCGGUCUGUAAUGCAUCAUGGAACAUUUCACCAUUCACACAUUACUUAAAAAGCCCAUUUUGGAGUUGAAACAUCUUAUAACUUAGUGUUUCUCAACCUUAGCAAAUCGCUUCCAAAUUAAGACGAUUUAAAUCCUUUGACCACGCGAGGAGAUUUUUCACGCGAGGGGUUCAGACAUCAGAUGGAACGUACCACAACACAUUGUAUAUAGGAGUUUUAUUUUUGUCUGCUUUCCCGCUGAAAAUCUCCAUAUCUCUACAGAUAAUCUUUUUAAAUUAAAACAAAGCAAAACAGAAUGACGACUCUUUUGAUUAUAUUUCUGAAUUUCAAGACGUGUAUCUGCAGCGCCUCAGAGCUGAAAUGGUCCAGCCCAGAAAAAAGCCAAGAAAAAGCCAAAUCCUUCUCCACAGUUUCGGGUGCGUUUCGUAGUCCUGAAAAGAAAGACGGUGCCGAAGGUCUCCUCCUCCUUUUGCAUCUACACGAUGCGCAACUUCAUACUGCAUUGCGGCUUUCUUGGUGUUGCAGGUUUCUGCGAGAUUUCCCCGCUUGCUUUUCCAUCGAACACCUUUGGGUCGAGCCGGGCCGGGGCCAUUCCUGUCACCCAGAUUCAUUUGCGCCCGGAAUGCUGUCAGGACCGCCCUGAUGCUGCGCUUAAGAGUCCUUGAAUGGAGCGCCGAGAUUCAAGUGAUCCCGAGCGAGGGCGCGGUUCCCAAAGGUUGUUCGGCCGGCAUCUUUAACGGCGAGGGAGAAGCUCUGCUGGUAGCAGGGAGAGCCCGAGGGUUGAAGAGCCGAAACGGUCCGAACCAGUGGAUAAAUGACGCCUCUCGCUGGGGAUGGAGAAGCAGCUCUUAAUAAGUGCAUAGUCCCAGGGAACGCUCCCCCACUGGCGCUUGGCCUCUUUGAGAUCCGAUGAAUUAGUUUCAUCAGGAAAAAAGGGCUUCGGAAAGGGCUGACAGACUUCAUAAUUGCAGCUUUUAAGGAAGCCCCCUUCCGUCUCUUCCUCUCAAGUCUUUCAUUGCUCUGUUUCCAGUUCCUGGCAGAAACUUUCAAUCUGUGGAGUCUUGCAGGUUUUAUUUAUGUUGUAUGCCUAUGAUUUUAUCUGUCAAAAUUGCCUUGAACGAGUUUCUGCCUAGAAUGAAAGGGCAUCCUGGUUGAGGAUUAUGGGAGUUUAUAACCAAUACAUCUGAAAGGCACACAGCAUGACCUGCUUCUGAGUUAAAUAUACCUUUUUUUGCAGUUAGUUGUCUCUCUUGACUAAAUUGUUGAAUGUGGACAAUCUUUAGAAUAUUGAAAUAGAUUGAUCCCUAUUGCAACAUUGAUAGCUACUUAACAAUUGUCUGCAUCCAGGGCCAAUGUUAAGAAGCUGUUUUUCCAGUGCAUUGCUUUUUUAGUUUUAAACAGAAGAGAACUAAUAUGAAUUCAUUUUCUAUUGGGCAAGGCAAUCUGACCUGGGUCAUGGAACUAUUGAACAGUAUCAAUAUUUCUCCAAAUAAUAUCAUAAACAGUUUCACAGACUACUCAGCAUACCACUACUCAGCAUACUUUUUCUGGAUGUCAGUACUGUUCCUACUUCUUUUUUCCCCUGUUGUAAUAAUUCUUGGUUUUAUUUAUCUUUCUAAUUUUCUCUUGCAUAUUUACAAGAGAAAGGUUACUUUAAAGGAAGAUUAUCUCAGUCAGUCAUGGGAUAAUGGACGGAGAGCUGUGGCUCACCUUUGGGACAUGUAUGGUACAGUGUGGCAUGGUUAUGAGAUACAUGGGAUGGAUAAAAUACCAGAAGGACCAGGGCUUAUCGUAUGUUAUCAUGGAGCCUUUCCGCUAGACUAUUUCUACUUUGUAUCUAGAUUAUAUUUAAGAACGGGCAGAUUUUGCCACACAGUGGUUGAUUACCAUUUUUCCAAAAUACCAGGUACAAAACUGUUUUAUAAUGUGGAAGGUCUUACACAUAAUGGAAGGACAGAGUGCACUGAAAUUCUGAAAAGGGGAUACUUAUUGGGAGUUUUACCAGGUGGAACCCGAGAAGCACUCUUUAGCGAUGAAAAUUAUGAUUUUUUAUGGGGUAGACGCACAGGCUUUGCUCAUGUGGCUAGAGAUGCAAAAGUGCCUGUCAUUCCUAUAUUUACAAAAAAUCUACGAGAAGGAUACAGAACACUCGGGAAAAUAUGGCCAUUCAAAUGGUUGUAUGAACGUACACGAUGGCCAAUUGUUCCUAUAUAUGGUGGAUUCCCUGUGAAAUUUUGCACAUACAUAGGAGAUCCCAUUCCUUAUGAUCCAAAUAUAUCAGCUGAAGAAUUAGCUGAAAAGACCAAAAGUGCAAUAAAAGAUCUCAGAGAUAAGCACCAAGAAAUACCGGGCACAUUUCCACCAAGGAACAACUUUUCUUCCUGUCUACAACAGCAUGCCCCACCUGCCAGUGUCAGAUACAAACCUCCAACCUGCACAGUUGUUUGGAAACAGUUCAAGAAAGUGGGCGAAAAAUGAUACAGCUCAUGAUCACAGAUGCACACUUCAGUUUAAACAAAUAUCUCCACAUCAUAGUAAACUUAAAGGAAGAGUUGGAACAGACCAUCUCAUCAGAGCACAUGGAGAGACUGGUCACCAUCAUCAUGAGUACUUCCCAGAGAAAUGAUGGAAAAAGAAAAAACAAAUUGCAAAGCAAAUUCCUUAAACUCAAUUCCAGAACCAAAGAAACAUCAGAGACUGAAUAAGUGGUCCACUUGUUCAACCACCCACUAUCAAUUGCAGAACACAGGAUUCUACAGAAAGGAUUCAACUAUAAUACAGGUGAUGCUAAUCAUCUGGAAAUCUUGGCAGCCCUAGAAGGAGCAUUCAAAACUACUGGACUUUUCACAGAGGUCCAAGAAAAUAUCAGACAAACCAUCAUUCCACACACCAGAAGAAUACAAGAACAGAAUCAAUUUAUCACAGAAGACAAACCAGCCCUCAAAAACCUAAAAAAGGACCAGACUGUCAUCAUCCUACCUGUGGACAUAGACUGAACAAGGUUAUUAUGGACGUAGCACAAUAUUUACAAAAAUCAAAAGAAAUAUUGUUGUUGUUGUUAAUUGCAAAGUUGUGUCCAACCCAUCGCGACCCCAUGGACAACGUUCCUCUAGGUCUUCUUGUCCUCUACCAUCUU